AUGGAGGCAGUGCAUCCCGCCGCCGUGGCGGCGGAGCUGGUGGCCUUUGCGGAGGAGCUGGCGGACGCCGCGGGCGCGGUGAUCAAGGCGUAUUGGCGGAAGCCGAUCGAGGUGGAGUCCAAGAUCGAGGACGACCGCCCCGUGGCAGAGAGCCCAGUGACGGUGGCCGACCGGGAGGCGGAAUCGGCCAUGCGAAAGUUGAUCGAGGAGCGGUACCCCUCGCACGGAAUAUACGGCGAGGAGUUCGGAAGCAUUCGCGUGGAGGCCGAGUACGUAUGGGUUCUCGACCCGAUCGACGGGACCAAGUCGUUCAUCACAGGCAAGCCGCUCUUCGGUACGCUCAUCGCCCUGCUUCGUGACGGAAAGCCGGCGAUCGGCAUCAUAGAUCAGUGCGUGCUCAAGGAGCGUUGGGUUGGAGCCAACGGUCAGACGUGCCUCAACGGGAAGCCUGUGCGCAGCCGUGGCGUCGGCGCGCUCGCAGACGCGAUGCUGUACGCCACGACGCCCCACAUGUUCGCUCCCGGCGAGGAGGCGGAGCGCUUCGCCCUGCUGCGCGACAAGGUCAAAAGGCCGUUGUACGGGUGCGACUGCUACGCCUACGCUCUGGUUGCCUCGGGAUUCGGCGCGGACUUGGUGGUGGAGGCAGACCUAGGCAUCUACGAUUACUGCGCGCUGGUGGCCGUUGUGGCCUGUGCCGGAGGCCACAUCUCCGACUGGAACGGCAAACCCCUCACGCUCCAGUCCGCCUCCGAGACCCACGGCCGUGUGGUGGCGGCCGCCACGGAGCCGCUGUGGAGGGAGGCGGUGAGCGUGCUGCGCGGCAUCGGCGAAGCGGCAGCAGCGCCCACCGCACCAGGGGACAUCGCGGAGGAGGACGUGGCGAUGUCGAUCGCCGCCGACGCGGGCGGCGAGCUCGCCGCCAUUCUCGACGAGCUCGGCGGCGCCGCCGCCAGCGGCCACGCCGCGCGCCGCGCCAAGGUGAUCGAGGGCAUCGCCGGGCUGGUCCGCAAGCGGCUGAAGGCAAGGGCCAAGAGGGCGCCCUAG